CGCCCGGGGCCCCGGCUGGCCAGAGGAUGGACGAGGAGGAUGGAGCGGGCACCGAGGAGUCAGGACAGCCCCGGAGCUUCAUGCGGCUCAACGACCUGUCGGGGGCCGGGGGCCGGCCGGGGCCGGGGUCGGCGGAAAAGGACCCGGGCAGCGCGGACUCCGAGGCGGAGGGGCUGCCGUACCCGGCGCUGGCCCCGGUGGUUUUCUUCUACUUGAGCCAGGACAGCCGCCCGCGGAGCUGGUGUCUCCGCACGGUCUGUAACCCCUGGUUUGAGCGCAUCAGCAUGUUGGUCAUCCUUCUCAACUGUGUGACCCUGGGCAUGUUCCGGCCAUGUGAGGACAUCGCCUGUGACUCCCAGCGCUGCCGGAUCCUGCAGGCCUUUGAUGACUUCAUCUUUGCCUUCUUCGCGGUGGAGAUGGUGGUGAAGAUGGUGGCCUUGGGCAUCUUCGGGAAAAAGUGUUACCUGGGAGACACUUGGAACCGGCUUGACUUCUUCAUUGUCAUUGCAGGGAUGCUGGAGUAUUCGCUGGACCUGCAGAACGUCAGCUUCUCAGCUGUCAGGACAGUCCGUGUGCUGCGACCGCUCAGGGCCAUUAACCGGGUGCCCAGCAUGCGCAUCCUUGUCACGCUGCUGCUGGACACACUGCCCAUGCUGGGCAACGUCCUGCUGCUCUGCUUCUUCGUCUUCUUCAUCUUCGGCAUCGUUGGCGUCCAGCUGUGGGCAGGGCUGCUUCGUAACCGAUGCUUCCUGCCGGAGAAUUUCAGCCUUGAUGGCCAUCCGGGAGUUCUGGAGAAACUGAGGCACGGGGACAGGGAUGAGGGAGUGGGCUCCUUCUUCAUGAUCAACCUGUGCCUGGUGGUGAUCGCCACGCAGUUCUCAGAGACCAAGCAGCGGGAAAGCCAGCUGAUGCGGGAGCAGCGCGUGCGGUUCCUGUCCAAUGCGAGCACCCUGGCCAGUUUCUCCGAGCCAGGCAGCUGCUACGAGGAGCUGCUCAAGUACCUGGUGUACAUCCUCCGGAAGGCGGCCCGCAGGCUGGCCCAGGUCUCCCGGGCGGUAGGCGUGCGGGCCGGCCUGCUGAGCAGCCCAGUGGCCCGUGCAGGCCAGGAGCCCCAGCCCGGCGGGAGCUGCUCUCGCUCCCACCGCCGUCCAUCCGUCCACCACCUGGUGCACCAUCACCACCAUCACCAUCACCACUACCACCUGGGCAAUGGGACACUGCGGGCCCCCCGGGCCAGCCCGGAGAUUCAGGACCGGGAUGCCAGUGGGUCCCGCCGGCUCAUGCUGCCACCGCCCUCGACGCCCGCCCUCUCCGGGGGCCCUCCGGGGGGCGCAGAGUCUGUGCACAGCUUCUACCAUGCCGACUGCCACCUGGAGCCAGUCCGCUGCCAGGCACCCCCUCCCAGGUCACCAUCUGAGGCCUCGGGCAGGACUGUGGGCAGCGGGAAGGUGUACCCCACUGUGCACACCAGCCCUCCCCCAGAGAUGCUGAAGGAGAAGGCACUAGUGGAGGUGGCCCCCACCUCUGGACCCCCCACGCUCACCAGCCUCAACAUCCCGCCCGGGCCCUACAGCUCCAUGCACAAGCUGCUGGAGACACAGAGCACAGGCACCUGCCAAAGCUCUUGCAAGAUCUCCAGCCCUUGCCUGAAGGCAGAGAGUGGAGCCCGUGGCCCAGACAGCUGCCCCUACUGCGCCCGGGCAGGGGUAGGGCAGGGCGAGCUCGCCGGCCAUGAGAUGCCUGACUCAGACAGCGAGGCGGUGUAUGAGCUCACUCAAGACGCCCAGCACGGUGAUCCCCGGGACCCCCACGACCGGCACCGACGGAGCCUGGGGCUAGAAGUGGAGCCCAACUCCAUGCUGGCCUUCUGGAGACUGAUCUGUGACACUUUCCGGAAGAUUGUGGACAGCAAGUACUUUGGCCGGGGAAUCAUGAUUGCUAUCCUGGUCAACACGCUCAGCAUGGGCAUCGAGUACCACGAACAGCCCGAGGAGCUGACCAACGCUCUGGAAAUCAGCAACAUCGUCUUCACCAGCCUCUUUGCCCUGGAGAUGCUGCUGAAGCUGCUGGUGUACGGUCCCUUUGGCUACAUCAAGAACCCCUACAACAUCUUCGAUGGCGUCAUCGUUGUCAUCAGCGUGUGGGAGAUCGUGGGCCAGCAGGGGGGUGGCCUGUCGGUGCUGCGGACCUUCCGCCUGAUGCGGGUGCUGAAGCUGGUGCGCUUCCUGCCGGCGCUGCAGCGACAGCUCGUGGUGCUCAUGAAGACCAUGGACAACGUGGCCACCUUCUGCAUGCUGCUCAUGCUCUUCAUCUUCAUCUUCAGCAUCCUGGGCAUGCAUCUCUUUGGCUGCAAAUUUGCAUCGGAGCGGGACGGGGACACGCUGCCGGACCGGAAGAAUUUUGACUCCCUGCUCUGGGCCAUCGUCACCGUCUUUCAGAUCCUGACCCAGGAGGACUGGAACAAGGUGCUCUACAACGGGAUGGCCUCCACAUCAUCCUGGGCUGCUCUUUAUUUCAUUGCCCUCAUGACCUUUGGCAACUACGUGCUCUUCAAUCUGCUUGUCGCCAUUCUGGUGGAGGGCUUCCAGGCGGAGGAAAUCAGCAAACGGGAAGAUGCGAGUGGACAGUUAAGCUGUAUUCAGCUGCCUGUCGACUCCCAGGGGGGAGAUGCCACCAAGUCCGAAUCGGAGCCCGAUUUCUUCUCACCCAGCCUGGAUGGCAAUGGGGACAGGAAGAAGCCCAUGGCCUUGGUGUCCCUGGGGGAGCACCCGGAGCUGCGGAGGAACCUGCUGCCGCCUCUUAUCAUCCACACGGCCGCCACACCCAUGUCGCUCCCCAAGAGUUCCAGCACCGGCCUGGCUGAGGUGGUGGGCCCCGCCUCCCGCCGCACCAGCAGCAGCGGGUCUGCUGAGCCAGGGGCGCCCCAUGAGAUGAAGUCACCGCCGAGCACCCGCAGCUCUCCACACAGCCCCUGGAGUGCAGCGAGCAGCUGGGCCAGCAGGCGCUCCAGCCGAAACAGCCUGGGCCAUGCCCCCAGCCUGAAGCGGAGGAGCCCGAGUGGGGAGCGGCGGUCCCUGUUGUCGGGCGAGGGCCGAGAGAGCCAGGACGAGGAGGAGAGCUCUGAAGAGGAGAGGGCCAGCCCAGCGGGCAGCGACCGGCGCCACGGGGGCUCCCUGGAGCGGGAGGCCAAGAACUCCUUUGACCUGCCGGACACGCUGAGGGUUCCUGCGCUGCACCGCACGGCCAGUGGCCGCAGCUCAGCCUCCGAGCACCAGGACUGCAACGGCAAGUCGGCCUCGGGGCGCCUGGCCCGGGCCCUGCGGCCCGACGACCCCCCACUGGAUGGGGACGAUGGCGAUGACGAGGGCAACCUGAGCAGAGGGGAGCGCAUGAGAGCGUGGGUCCGAGCCCGGCUGCCUGCCUGCUGCCACGAGCGAGACUCCUGGUCCGCGUACAUCUUCCCUCCUCAGUCAAGGUUCCGCCUCCUAUGUCACCGAAUCAUCACCCACAAGAUGUUCGACCAUGUGGUCCUUGUCAUCAUCUUCCUCAACUGCAUCACCAUCGCCAUGGAGCGUCCCAAGAUCGACCCCCACAGUGCUGAACGCAUCUUCCUGACCCUCUCCAAUUACAUCUUUACUGCAGUCUUUCUGGCAGAGAUGACCGUGAAGGUGGUAGCGCUGGGCUGGUGCUUCGGGGAGCAGGCGUACCUGCGUAGCAGCUGGAACAUUCUCGACGGGCUGCUGGUGCUCAUCUCCAUCAUCGACAUCCUGGUGUCCAUGGUCUCCGACAGCGGCACCAAGAUCCUGGGCAUGUUGAGGGUGCUGCGGCUACUGCGGACACUGCGCCCACUCAGGGUCAUUAGCCGGGCCCAGGGGCUGAAGCUGGUAGUGGAAACGCUGAUGUCCUCGCUGAAACCCAUCGGCAACAUCGUGGUCAUCUGUUGUGCCUUCUUCAUCAUUUUUGGCAUCUUGGGGGUGCAGCUCUUCAAAGGGAAGUUCUUCGUAUGCCAAGGCGAGGACACCAGGAACAUCACCAACAAGUCUGACUGUGCUGAGGCCAGUUACCGGUGGGUCCGGCACAAGUACAACUUUGACAACCUCGGCCAGGCCCUGAUGUCCCUGUUCGUGCUGGCCUCCAAGGAUGGCUGGGUGGACAUCAUGUACGACGGGCUGGAUGCUGUGGGUGUGGACCAACAGCCCAUCAUGAACCACAACCCCUGGAUGCUGCUGUACUUCAUCUCGUUCCUGCUCAUUGUGGCCUUCUUCGUCCUGAACAUGUUUGUGGGCGUGGUGGUGGAGAACUUCCACAAGUGUCGGCAGCACCAGGAGGAGGAGGAGGCUCGGCGGCGGGAGGAGAAGCGUCUGCGGAGACUGGAGAAAAAGAGAAGGAAUCUAAUGCUGGACGAUGUAAUUGCUUCCGGCAGCUCAUCCAGCGCGGCGCCAGAGGCCCAGUGCAAGCCCUACUACUCAGACUACUCCCGCUUCCGGCUCCUCGUCCACCACUUGUGUACCAGCCAUUAUCUGGACCUCUUCAUCACGGGUGUCAUUGGGCUGAAUGUGGUCACCAUGGCCAUGGAACACUACCAGCAGCCCCAGAUCCUGGAUGAGGCCUUGAAGAUCUGCAACUACAUCUUCACCAUCAUCUUUGUCUUGGAGUCAGUUUUUAAACUCGUGGCCUUUGGCUUCCGUCGGUUCUUCCAGGACAGGUGGAACCAGCUGGACUUGGCCAUCGUGCUGCUAUCCAUCAUGGGCAUCACGCUGGAGGAGAUCGAGGUCAAUGCCUCGCUGCCCAUCAACCCCACCAUCAUCCGCAUCAUGAGGGUGCUGCGCAUUGCCCGAGUGCUAAAGCUACUGAAGAUGGCUGUGGGCAUGCGGGCGUUGCUGGACACGGUCAUGCAGGCCCUGCCCCAGGUGGGGAACCUGGGACUUCUCUUCAUGUUGUUGUUUUUCAUCUUUGCAGCUCUGGGUGUGGAGCUCUUUGGAGACCUGGAGUGUGAUGAGACGCACCCCUGCGAGGGCCUGGGCCGGCAUGCCACCUUUCGGAACUUUGGCAUGGCCUUCCUGACCCUCUUCCGAGUCUCCACGGGUGACAACUGGAAUGGCAUCAUGAAGGACACCCUCCGGGACUGUGACCAGGAGUCCACCUGCUACAAUACGGUCAUCUCCCCCAUCUACUUCGUGUCCUUCGUGCUGACGGCCCAGUUUGUGCUGGUCAACGUGGUGAUCGCCGUGCUGAUGAAGCACCUGGAGGAAAGCAACAAGGAGGCCAAAGAGGAGGCUGAGCUGGAGGCUGAGCUGGAGCUGGAGAUGAAGACGCUUAGCCCACAGCCCCACUCGCCGCUGGGCAGCCCCUUCCUCUGGCCUGGGGUCGAGGGCCCCGACAGCCCCGACAGCCCCAAGCCUGGGGUCCCGCACACUGCGGCCCACGCUGGAGCAGCCUCGCGCUUCUCCCUGGAGCACCCCACGGACAGACAGCUGUUUGACACCAUAUCCCUGCUGAUCCAGGGCUCCCUGGAAGGGGAGCUGAAGCUGAUGGACGAGCUGGCAGGCCCUGGGGGCCAGCCCUCUGCCUUGCCUCCCGCCCGCAGCCCGGGCGGCUCCGACCCACAGAUCCCUCUAGCUGAGAUGGAGGCUCUGUCUCUGACGUCAGAGAUUGUGUCUGAACCGUCCUGCUCUCUAGCUCUGACGGAUGACUCUUUGCCUGAUGACACUCACACACUCUUACUUAGUGCCCUGGAGAGCAAUAUGGAGCCCCACCCCGAGGAGAUGCCCCUGGCAUUGGGACCAGACCUGCUGACCGUACGGAAGUCUGGGGUCAGCCGGACGCACUCCCUGCCCAAUGACAGCUACAUGUGCCGGGAUGGAAGCAGCGCCGAGGGGUCCCUAGGUCGCAGAAGCUGGGCGCUCCCCAAAGCUCAGUCAGGCUCUGUCUUGUCCGUCCACUCCCAGCCAGCAGACACCAGCUACAUCUUGCAGCUUCCCAAAGACACACCCCACCUGCUCCAGCCCCACGGCGCUCCCCCCUGGGGCACCAUCCCCAAACUGCCCCCACCAGGCCGCUCCCCUUUGGCUCAGAGACCCCUCAGGCGCCAGGCAGCAAUAAGGACUGAUUCCCUGGACGUGCAGGGCCUGGGCAGCCGGGAAGACCUGCUGUCCGAGGUGAGUGGGCCCUCCCCGCCUCUGGUCCGCGCCUCCUCCUUCUGGGGCCACCUGGGCACCCAGGCGCAGCAGCAUCCCCUCCGUCAGAGCACGAUCUCGAAGCACAGGCCCCCGCCGGCCCCCUGCCCAGGCUCAGAACCCACUUGGAGCAAAGGCCCCCCGGAGACCAGAAGCAGCUUAGAGCUGGACACGGAGCUGAGCUGGAUUUCAGGAGACCUCCUGACCGUGGACAGCCAGGAGGAGCCCCCGUGCGCACGGGACCUGAAGAAGUGUUACAGCGUGGAGGGCCGGAGCUGCCGGCGCAGGCCUGCGUCCUGGCUGGAUGAACAGAGAAGGCACUCCAUUGCGGUCAGCUGCCUGGACAGCGCCUCCCAACCCGGCCUGGGCCCUGACCCCUCUAGCCUUGGGGGCCAGCCUCUUGGGGGGCCUGGAAGCCGGCCCAAGAAAAAACUCAGCCCACCUAGUAUCUCCAUAGACCCCCCAGAGAGUCAGGGCCCUCGGCCCCCGCCCAGCCCCGGCGUCUGCCUCCGGCGGAGGGCUCCGUCCAGCGACUCCAAGGAUCCCUCGGCCUCCGGCCCCCCUGACAGCAUGGCUGCCUCGCCCCCCCCAAAGAAAGACGUGCUGAGUCUCUCCGGUUUAGCCUCUGACCCAGCAGACCUGGAGCCCUGAGUCCUACCCCACUCCCCCACUCACCUUUCUCCACUGGGUGCCAAAUCCUAGCUCCUCCUCCUGGGCUAUGCUCCUGAAAAACGUUCCAUAUGGACUCCAAGGAGGCGCUCCUCCCCGCCUCAGUGGCGCUGGGAACCGACAAGCAGAAUUUCCAGAACGUUCAGAGCAGCGGCCUGGCCACCCUGGACCCAGGCAGAGAGAGAGAGGCCCAGUGCAGCUGAGGUUCCCAACACCAGGAGCUACUGGGAGAAAGCAAUACGUUUGUGCAGAAUCUCUAUGUAUAUUCUAUUUUAUUAAAUUAAUUGAAUCUAGUA